GGCUACAUUCUAGAUAGUGCAUUUGAUCCUCGUCGUUGGAUUGCUCCAGGCCAACGAUCUUUACAGCCUGUUCCAUGUAAAUGUGGUGUUGAUACUUUGGAUGUACCUUGGGAUCCCAAACUUCAGACUGAAGACCCAAAAGUUGUUGUUGGAAAAUGUUGUGACAUGGGUCACAGAUGGAUGAUUUCAAAAACGGUAUCUGAUUGCGUUGAAGCUCUGAUAGGAGCAUAUUAUGUUAGUGGUGGAUUGGUUGCUGCAUUACAUGUGAUGAAGUGGCUUGGGGUUGAUGCUGAUCUUGAGCCUUCCUUAAUUGUUGAGGCCAUUAAUAGUGCAUCUCUACGAUCCUAUCUCCUCAGGAGUAAUGAGCUUGAUGGUUUGGAGUCAAAGCUCGGCUAUAGGUUUUCUGUCAAGUUUCUCUUACAGGAAGCAAUUACACAUACAACGGCUCAAGAGUCAUACUGCUACCAGAGACUUGAAUUUCUUGGUGACUCAGCAUUGGACCUGCUUAUUACUGGGCAUCUCUAUCAGACCCAUAUAGAUAUUGAUCCUGGAGAUUUGACUGAUUUGCGCUCAGCAUCUGUUAGUAAUGAAAAUUUUGCCCAAAUCGCCGUCAGGAAGAACCUCUAUAAGCAUCUUCAACAUAAGUCUGCAUUACUCGCUCGUCAAAUAACAGAGUAUGUGAAGUCCUUUAUUGAAAAUGAAGAUACCACUGGAUCAAGGCCAGAUGUAAUGGGUCCUAAG